CGUUGAGGCGACGAGCUGAGUCGCCGCUGUGGAGGAAAUUCAAUUGCGCGCAAUCCAUCGGCGGCGACGGUUGUGUCUCAAAAGAGCCUUCCAACUCCUGACUACUACUGAUCAAAAGAAAUAAAAGUAAAAAGUGACCAAGUUACUGCGGAUCGAGGAAGUUAAAGCCUUGAGCCUCCGGCACGACGAUGGUGUGUUAAACAUUUUUGUGCGCUUGUGUUUGUUUGUCGAUCUCGAAUUCGCAAUAUCAGAACAUCUGUGUUAUUUUAAUUAUAUAAAAGUAUAUAUACAGUUUCAGUUUAAAAAAUAUUCUCACAGCGACUAGUUGUGCGUGCAGGCAAAAAGACAGAGCAUCGCGAGCGAAAGAGAGCGGCGAACAUCGCACUGGCGGAGCGUCGUGUGUUGCGCAGGCAAUCUUAAUUAAUUUAUUUACGUCUAUAUUGAUUUUUUAAAGUAACAGCCACAGCUACAGUUAGCCAUAAUAGCCAGCUAGAAAGCAGAGGCAAGCCCAAGCGCAACGCAGAGCAAAGAGCGCGCGUUUUAAUAGGUAUAAAAAUAAAAAUACACACUAAAACCAACCUGAGGCGAAUCUAAAUUGUAUUUCUCGAGGGCUGGAGGAGGAAUGGAGAACCUGUCGCACUUGUAUCCACCGCAGUUGCCAAAGGGGCGUGGUCGGCCUCGAGCGACAUACGCCCAAACGGGCGAGUUUGAUCUGGGUCUGAUCCGGGAAUACCGAUCGCACCCAGUGCUGUACGAUAGGUCAAACAAGCGGUUCAAGGACAAGCUGUAUGUGGCCCAUAUAUGGGAACAGAUAGCCCACAAACUGGGCUACGAUGCCACCAGUAUAAGGGAACGGAUGACCACGUUAAGGAAUCGAUAUAACAUCGAGAAGCGACGCGUCGAGAAUGGCCUUUCCACACAGUCUUCACAAUGGCCUCUAUUCGAAAGCCUCCAGUUUCUGGGGGAUCACAUACGGCCCAGGCGCAGCUUUAAGAACAUGAGCGUAAAGGAGGAGGAUGAGGAGACCUACGAGGUGGACGAUUGCCGGAGCGACAGCAACGGGCAUAUGAACAGCAUCAAGGACGAACUGGAGGACGACUCCGAGAUCUUCGAUUGCGAGCAGGCACUCCCCGUGACCACAGUGUUAGGGAUUCCCCUGAAUAACUCUGACGAAGCCAACAAGAGCCAGCGCUCGACGAAUGGAGAAAUGCCCAAUGGCAAGGGCUACAAUCACUUUGCGGAAAGCUAUCACCGACGACACCAAAACCAGCCGGAGUACAUCAUCAGUAGUCCAAUUGUUAAUCCCAUGAGGAGCAAUAAGCGUGGAUCACAGCACUUGGACGAUCAUCCGUCGAAACGCCGAGUCGACGACAGUCUGUCGAUAUCCGGAUACUAUCCAACACAACCUCUAGCCCCCUUGCCACCGGCGUACGCCAAAUUCCGGGGAUUUGGCGAGUUCAUGUGCCACUCCCUGUGCGAUAUGCCAGCGGCCACUGCCUUGCGCUUGGUGCAGAAGUUCACCCGCGAAUUGGUCCAGUCCUCGCUUCGCAACGAGGACAGCGGCAGCAAAGAAAAGACGGAUGAGGUCGAUCCGGUAGAUCAGAGCAGCGAGUCGCAGGAGGAGGACGAGUAGAUUUAAGUUACACUUUUAAAUUGAGGGUAGGGAUAUUGGCACGCGUGUCUACAUCUAUGCGUAUAGCAUAAAAGCUGCAUUGAUGACAAAUUCGAUUAAUUCAUUUAUGAUUUAAUUAUACUCUUUUAAGUCUUCUAGCCUCGCAGUAACCGGGGUGGAAGAUCCAAGCAUUUCAUUUAUUAACAUAAUGGAAAAAUACACUUAUUUGCUUUGUUUUAAAGGCAGGGGAACGGGUCGACUAAUCCAAAUUGAUUAAUUUUCAGAUUCGGCAAGAGCAUAAUACUCUAUCUGUAAGAUGCACAUCUGUAAUGGUAUAGAAUCCUAUAAAUCCUACAUAAAGGACCAUACAUAUUUUAAACAAUAAUUCACUUCAUGGUUUCAUUAAGGCGUCAACUGAAAUGCAAAUAUACAUUAUGUAUAUAAGUCUGUGGGAUCAGACGCAAUUAUGACUUCGCCACGAAUGUGAGCGUCUUUCAGUCAGCGUUCCCCUUGCGCAACUCGGACCUCUAUAAGGGCCAUCAUUAUCUUACACAAUAGUAAUCUGCCCCUUUAAGGGGCAUAUACAUAUUUCCAUUUCCCUUGGCAGACUUAAAGCAAACAAAAAGGUCCUUAAGUUUUAUUACUUUCUGUAUGCGAGAACCAACCCUAAAGCUUCUGAAAGCUUCCACCUUCGGCCCUUGAAGCUAAACUUUGAUUACUAUCCCAAGGAAAUAGUUUCACUGAGGAAGAGCUAUUCAAGCCAGUUGAACUGUAGGCCAUGAAUAAUGCAAUGGAUAGCUGACCAUGCUAAUAAACUAUCUACCACCUAAUUUUACGCCCGUCUUAAAGGCCACCCAGAAUCACUGGAGGUGUUUCCACGUAGAUUGCUGAUCGAUGUUGUGGGACGUCCAACGCACCAUCAUUCCCAUCCCGGGAUAUGGCGAGAAAAUAUGUGCCGGGAAAACUGGAACCUGCAGUCGGAAUUGCCGGCACAGCCGAAUGCCUAAUGCCAAAUGAAGUCUGAGUAGGCACAUCUCCAUUUGACCAAACUGGGUGGGGCCUCCAGGCCAUUUCUAUGUGCGUUGCCCCCUUGUUUACUCCUUUUUCUUUAAUAAUGCGUCUAUAUUUCUUAAUUAAAUUACAGCUUCUCGCAUUUGGGAGUGAGUGUGUGUAUGUGUGUGUAAUUACAGUGUUUAUGUGGCACUCGGACAUUCCUGGCUCCUCUCUUCCUUUUCCCAGCUGGAGUUGGCUGACUUGGCGUAUUGAUAAGGCCCAGGCCCACAAAAGGAACGCGAAAGGUGAGUGGUAUGGGGAUUGGGCAGUUUGGAGUUUGGAGCGGAUUGCAUCCGAGAUGUGAGUGCAGUGGUACAUUAAAACGUCACCUGAUGUAGGCCGUGCCCAGUGCUUAUUUGUUGCAUUUUCGAAAUACAAAUUGCACUAGUCCCGGCCUGCAAUGAGUGUCGCAGUCGACGAUCUACACAGUGCAAAAUAAUUUGUAAAAAUAAUUAAAAAUAAUAACUUCAUAGAUUUUUUUAUUAAAUUAGUUUUUGUGUGGGAUCUAAUCACUAAUCUUGCAACAAAUUUAUAAAACGAUCUACAAACAUAUCAAUGUUGAUCGUAUCAGCUCCAAAAUGACGCCCAUUUUUUUCGGUGCUGCGAGCAGCUUGCCAUUAAGCCUAACUUUAACUUAAUGCUAACCACCAUGGCCAUAAUGUGGUGCGGUUGUGCUGCGUUUUGCGUGCUGCUGUUCGUCAAAGUCAGGACCGUGUUGCCGUCUACUCAUCUUGCCAUCUCGAAUGUCUGGCCCUGUAAUUAUAUAAUUUAAUCAAAUUACUUGCAUAUGUUGCC